AUGGAGGAGGAUGGAGAGCCCCCGGCUCGGGCUGAGGCCCGCGUGGUGAGUGCCACGCUGAUGUGGAGGCAGCGCAGCCCUGUCCAGGACGAGGUCAGACACCACUUCCACAAGGUGUCCCUGGUGUCGGGGGCCAGGGCCGAUGCCUCUCGGGAGGAGCUGCUCAGCCACCAGCGAGAGGACCUCAAUGGCUUUGCCACCUGGGAAGAGGAGACAGCGACUUGCCAGGCCUCCUGGGAUGGGGCGGCCUCCAAGCACUUCCAGAGUCAUGGACCCAUCUUUUCUAAGAAGUUUGCCCCAUUGCCCAAGGAGAAAAGGCCACCUGGGAAGCUGGGGGAACCUGUGGAACGAGGUGAUGGCCGACACCAGGAGCCCAAGACAGAGACCUCCAGUGCAGCAUCUCUGGCCAGGACAGAGCUUUUGGUUCCACUGCCAGGACCCAGGGAGCCAAGCCCCCAUCCAGGGGGGAGUCUGCUCAGUGGGAGCCGCCACGAGGAACGGCGAGUGACACGCACUGUGCGGACCACUGUGGUGAUGGGUGGGCAUGUGGAGCGCCGGGUGAGCAGCUCGGUGACCGCGGUGCCUCCUGCAGCCGAUACCCUGCCCCGGGGCCGCAAUACUGUCCGUGCUGUCCGGGCAGUGGUGGUGAAUCCUCCGGCUGAGGGCUCCCCCAGCCGCAGCCAGGCCCUACAGCUCAUAAGCAGCCUGGUUCCAGUUGAGCGGGGUUCCUCUGCCAGUCACCAUCCCAGACUUCCCACUGUCAGGACAAGAAGCUCUGGCCUGGGAGGCCCAGUGGGAACAGUUUCGGGACAGCUGCCAGAGAUGGGGACAAGGGAGUCAAAGGACAUCUCCCCCAGAACGUCUGCACACCCAGCUCAGAACCAAGAGGUCCCUAUUACCCAUCCACACCGUGAACCUGGUAGAUCCCCAGAUCCUGGGUCCCAUGAGGGCUCCCGGGUGUCAGAGGUGUCCCAGCUUCGUCUGGCAUUGCCCUUGUCACCCAGACUCCAGCGUCAUCCCCUUUCCCAGGGCCAGCCCCCAGAGCAGCUGGUGGCUCCCCCUCACCCUAAACCCCAGUUCACGCUAGAGCCCAGGGUCCCUGAGGCCCUGCCCUCUGUCAACAGGGAAGGACUCACAGACACUCCCAUUGCCACUGGGGUGCUCACUGUGAGGAAUAAGGUGGCUGUUGUCCCCGAGCAGCCUCUGGCUCCCUCUGCUACAGAAAGUCAGGCUCACCCUAGCCCAGGAAGCCUCUCUGCUCCUUUGUCCCCACAAAACAAGGUGACUGAAGACUCAGAAAAUGUCCCCAUCUCCUCCGUUACCCUGAAAGAUGAGGUACAGACUAUCACUACUCCCCCAGCUGCUCCUCCAGUUGCUGUCUCCUCGGAGGACAAAAAGUCUCCCAGCCAAAAAGGUGCUCCUCACCCAGAGGGGGACAGAGUGUCCAUGGGAACGGGGCCCCACCUGAGCCCUAGUACCCCAAAAGAGAGUGUCCCAGAUGUCAAAAGCAGCCUAACCUCUUCCCUCACCAAGGAAGAGACAAUUCAGAGCCUGCCUGCUCAGGCAGGUCCACCCUCCAAACAGGAUAAGGUGGUUCAGGACUCAUCCCCCAGCCCUAAAGAGCUUGCCCUGAGUCCACAGGCCUCGACUGCCCCUUUUACCAUUCCUAGAGUGGUGGUGCAGGGGCCUGAUGAUGAUUCUCCUGCUCCCUCAUCCUCACUGGAUGAAGUGUCCCCCAGUCCUGGAAGCCCUGCAGCUCCCAUGCUGGAGGACAUACAGCCCAGCUUGGGGGCCCAACCAGUCUUCGACUUCCCUGAGAGCAAGACAAUCCCGGAGCUCUCAAGGGAGGAGGAGGAGUCAGUACUGACAGCUGACCUGGAGUCUUUCCUGGACACUCUGAGGAACAUGGAGCCCCCCGAGAUCCUCCGCACCCACCGGUUGCCGAGAGCCCCUCGCUCCUCCUACCUGGCCAGGUAUGCCACGCUGCCUGCCAUUGAGGAGGACCAGGCUGGGCCGUGGAUGCUGGGGCUUAGCUCCCAAGAGGUGUCCGAACUGGAAGAGAAUGAGGAGCAGGAGAAAGUGGAAAAGGAGGAAGAAGAGGAGGAAGAGCUGGAGGAGGAGGAGCUCCAGAACCCCUAUCUGAGUGAUGAUGAGAAGCUGCAGCGCAAACAGGAGAAAGCUGCACCCCAGCCACUCUGGGAGUCCAGGCCUGUGCGACACCCCGAGAUCUCAUGCUCUCCUCUAGAGAUGAUGAAGAAACAUGUGGCUGGUGCCAGGGGCUCCCUGGUGGAGCCAGGGCUGGAGUGGCAGGCAGGUAGCAGACCUACGUCCCGUCUUGGAGGCAGCAUCCUCUUUGGUAAACUGGUACCCACCACCAGGGAGAGUCCUGCCGUGGAACCACUGGGCACAAAAUUAUCAGCUCUGCCGCCUCACAAGGCUCCAGGGCUCAAAAAGGUGCCAGGACAGCUGCCCCUACUCUAUAAUGAUGAUUCUCCUGCUGAGAAGCUCGAAAACUCCAGACCCCUGGAGCGGUGGAGCCCAGAACUGAAGACCCAGAGCAAACUGAACACCAGGCCUGGCAAGAUCAUCCUCUUCUCGGAGCCUGGCUGCCGAGGCAGUGUCAAAGAGAUCUGGGACGAUGUGGCUGACACCUCCUCCUGGGCCCACGUAGCCUCCGUCAGGGUAGUGCGAGGCUGCUGGGUGCUUUAUGAAGAGCCAGAGUUUCAGGGUCAGAAGCUGGUCCUGCCAGAAGGAGAGGUGGAACUCCGGGCCCUGGGCUCAGCAUGGAAGACCCAAGGUGUUGGCUCCCUGAGGAGGGGUGUCCGGGACUAUCUGACCCCAAGGAUCAGCCUGUACUCUGAGAAGGGCCUCACAGGAGAGCAGGUGGUGCUAACUGAGAUCUUGGAGACCCCUCGACACCUGGAGAGGCCCCUACAGGUGGCCUCUGCCUCUGUUGCUGCAGGACUGUGGCUGCUGUACCCCAAACCCUGCUUUGAAGGCACUCCCUGUAUCCUGGAGCCCGGGGAGUACCCCACCUUGGAGGCCUGGGGUGCCUCUAACCACAGUGUGGGCUCCCUGAAGCCCAUGACAUUGGGCUGCCCAAGUGUGGAAAAGCCAGGAGAACCCAAGGCUGUGGUGUACGAGGCCCCCGGCUUUCAGGGCCAGAGCUGGGAAGUUUGCAGAGACAUUUACAACCUGCAGCAACCAGAGGACAGUCAGAGCCCCAACUUGACCUCUGUGGGGUCCCUACGAGUACUUGGGGGCUGCUGGGUGGGCUACGAGAAGGAGGGAUUCCGGGGACACCAGUAUCUGCUGGAAGAGGGAGAAUAUCCCGACUGGUCACACUGGGGAGGCUUUGAUGAGCUGCUCACCUCCCUGCGGGUCAUCCGGACGGACUUUGGGGAUCCGGCCGUGGUGCUGUUUGAAGCGAUGGACUUCGAAGGGCACAGCGUGGAGGUGAGCGAAGCCCUGGCGGACGUGGAACUGGCGGGCUACGGCCCGCACACGCAGGCCAUCCAUGUGCUCAGCGGCGUGUGGGUGGCCUAUCAGGAAGUGGGAUUCUCCGGCGAGCAGUACGUGCUGGAGAAAGGCGUGUACCGCAACUGCGACGACUGGGGCUCUGGCCACAGCGCCCUCGCCUCGUUGCAGCCGGUUCUGCAGGUCGGGGAACACAAUCUACACUUUGCCUCGAAGGUUCAGCUGUUCUCUGGCCCUGAUUUCCUGGGCGACCACAUCUCCUUCGAGGAUGACCAGGCCGCUCUGCCCCUCUCCUUCCAGCCUCAGUCUUGCCGUGUCCACGGUGGCAGCUGGAUCCUGUUUGACCAGAAGAACUUUGAGGGUGAACAGCACAUCCUCUCUGAGGGUGAGUUCCCCACGCUCACAGCCAUGGGCUGCUCAGCCUCCACAGUCCUGGGAUCUCUUCGGAAGGUACCCCUGCACUUUUCAGAACCUUCCAUUUUCCUGUAUGGACGGGAGUGCUUUGAAGGGAAAGAGAUCGAGCUCAGCAGGGAGGUGCGGAGCCUACAAGCUGAGGGCUUCAACAACCAUGUACUCUCCGUGCGGAUCAAGGGGGGCAGCUGGGUGUUGUGUGAGCACAGCGACUUUCGGGGCCGCCAGUGGCUGUUGGGCAGCUGCGAGAUUACCAACUGGCUGACCUAUAGCGGGACGCAGAGGGUGGGCUCCCUCUACCCCAUCAAGCAGCGCCGGGCUUAUUUUCGACUGUGGAAUGAGGCACUGGGGGGAUUCCUGGCAAUGCCAGACCACGUAGAAGACAUGAAGGCAGGCCGUGUGGUGGUGUCUGAGCCCCAAGCAGGAGGCAGCUGUAUCUGGUACUACGAAGAAGGACUGCUGAAGAACCAGAUGGCCCCUACCAUGAGCUUGCAGGUGAUUGGGCCCCCCAGCCUGGGCUCCAAGGUGGUACUGUGGGCUGAGAGCCGCCUGCCCCGCCAGACAUGGAGCAUCAGUGAACUGGGACACAUCUGCAGCCAGAUGUUCGAAGGCCGGAUCCUAGAUGUGAAGGGUGGCCGAGGCUAUGACCGGGACCAUGUGGUGCUGUGGGAGCCAACCAAGGACAGGUCAUCCCAGAUCUGGACUGUCCAUGUGCUUUAA